GCUUAUCUAAUUAGAGAGGAUAGGGGCAGAGCAGUUGUGUGAGAAUGGGAAAGGACAAGGUCAUCUUCAAGAGAAUUUAGGACUGACUGUGUAUUGGGGAUGAUGGAGAGCAGGGUGUCUAGGGCUUCUUGGUGGAGGGUGAGCCGGUAGUAAAUGAAUUAGAAGAGAUGGGAGUCGGCUAAAUUUGAGGAUUAGCGGGACAAGGAGGUGGCCUAGAUCAAGCCCUUCAGUACAAGAGCUCAGAAUCCUAGCCUUCUGCCCCCACCCCCCAGUCCCACCAACCGGUGGUAUCACAGAUCCUUUCAUUGUAGUUUCUGGGUUUUGCAAGCCCUCUCUUCCAACCAGUCCUCGUGAUGGAAGCCCUUCUGCUCAUCCUGGUUGUUGGGAGCUCUUGUCCAUAGUCCCUGAGAGUUAAAAUCUGUCCUCCUCCCCGUGACUGGGACACUCCUCCUGCACUUCCGUUCCUGAGUGUUCGAAGUUCCGCGCUCCCACAAUCUGUGGGAGUGAGGACUCCAACCACCACGGGCAUUCGGAGCCCCUCCCAGCAAAGGCUGCGGUCGUGGUCGCCGCCAGGAGAUGGGUGCACAGGCUCUGGUGCUGGCGCUCUGGGGCUGCGUGCUGGGUCCGGCUGGGGCCCUAGACGCCAUGGGCCCUCACGCGGCUGUUCGUCUGGCUGAGCUGCUGACUCCGGAGGAGUGUGGUCAUUUUCGGUCACUCCUGGAGGCGCCGGAGCCCGACGUGGAGGCUGAGCUGGCCCGGCUUUCCGAGAACCGGCUGGCGCGACCCGAGCCGCUAACCCCAUUGUUGGGGUCCCUAGACCAGCUGUGGCGGCGGCGGCGGGAGGCAGCCGAGGUCCCCGCGAGCCAGGUGGCCGAGCAGGAAGUCUCCGACGGCUGCCGGGAAGCACUAGCGUCCUGGCUUGCUGCCAAGGCCCUGUCCCUGUCUUGGGACCGUGUGGCCCGUGCCCUGCGGCGUACUGGCCGCCCGGACGUGGCCCGGGAGCUGGGCAAGAACCUCCACCAGCAGGCGACGCUGCAACUGCGCAAGUUCGGGCAGCACUACCUGCCACCUCCGGAGUCCCCGCCCCUGUCCCCGCAGCGGCCCCCGCCGCGGCCCCGGCCUCGGCGCACUUUAAACCACGUUCCCGACUGGGACGAACUAGAGCUGAUCGUGGAGCGCCUGCCCCAGCCCCCGUACGAGCGGAGCCCCGCGGGCUGGGCCGGGCCGCUGGCGCUUGGCCUCCUCACAGGCUUCCUGGGGGCACUGGGCUCCGGGGUGCUGCUUAUCCUGCUCACGCUGUGGGUCACGGGCCGCGAAGGCGACUCCGCGCGACCCAGUGGCCCUGACCUACCCGCCACUCCCCAGCUCAGGUCAGCCGAGGCGCACCACCGAUGGGAAACAGAGCCGCUCCUGAUCAGGGGGCCGCUCACGUCCCUAGCCCACCAGACCUGGGCUGCAGCUGAGCCAGAUUGCCCCUCGCCUCAAUGCCCUCCGCGUCGAAACGGGAGCACCAUCCCUUAGUGCUGCCUUGGACGAACUAUAAAAACGUUACGAAACACCCAGCGGAGGGAGCAGUCGGUUGUCAGUU